AUGCGCUCAAUUUCUUCACUUCUCCCGCUCUCCCUAAUCCUCCUCUCUUCCCUCCUCAUUCUCAAUACACUAGCCAUCAAUUCCCUCCACGAAGCCCAACAUCUCCAAUCCUCCAGAAGAUCCAGAGGCCGCACCAAAUCACCCAAAUCUCCACUGCUUCCGCCGCCGCCGUCUCCAUCACUAACCUCACCACCGCCACCUCCUUCACCCGCCGGCAGAAACCCCCAAAUCAACCUCCUCACCUUCGCCGACGCAAGGCUCGCCACCGUCUACCCAGUAAUCCAAAAAUUCAAAUCCACAAUUACCUCGGAUCCACUCAACAUCACAGCCUCAUGGGUCGGCUCCGACAUCUGCACAUACCGCGGGUUCUUCUGCGACAGCCCGCCCGACAACGCCUCGGCCACCGCCGUCGCGUCGAUCGACUUCAACGGCUUCGGCCUCUCCGCGCCUUCCCUCGACGGAUUCCUCGACCGGCUCCCCGACAUCGCCUUGUUCCACGCCAACUCCAAUUUCUUCGCCGGCACGAUCUCCUCUGCCGUCGCCGCCCUGCCUUACCUCUACGAGCUCGACAUCAGCAACAACCUCUUCACCGGCCCGUUCCCCACCGCCGUCCUCGGGAUGACCGGACUCACCUUCCUCGACAUCCGGUUCAAUUCCUUCUCCGGCGCAGUCCCACCCCAAAUCUUCGUCCAAAACCUAGAAGCUCUGUUUCUCAACGACAACCAGUUUAUGACUAAUUUGCCACCCAAUCUGGCCAACACCAGAAUCCUCUACCUCACCCUGGCCAACAACAAGUUCACCGGUUCAAUCCCCGGUUCGAUUUUCAAAGCGUUCGUUUCACUCACCGAAGUUCUCCUCCUCAACAAUCAGCUCACGGGUUGCUUGCCGUACGAGGUCGGGAUGCUCAACGGAGCCGUGGUUUUCGACGUCGGGUCGAACCGUCUGACCGGUCCGAUCCCGUGGUCGUUGGUGUGUUUGGAGAAAGUUGAGCAGCUGAACCUGGGCGGAAAUCAGUUUUACGGGAUCUUGCCGGAUUUGCUGUGCAGCGGGCUCGGGGGUUUGGGGAAUUUGGUGAAUCUGACGUUGUCGGGGAAUUAUUUUACCGGUGUGGGGAGGUUGUGUAUGGAUUUGAUCAUGAAUGGAGUUCUUGAUUUGACGGGGAAUUGUAUCCCUGGGUUUCCGUUUCAGAGGCCGGUUCAAGAAUGCGCUGAGUUUUUUGCUAAGCCGCGGAUGCUCUGCCCGAGACCUUGGUCGUAUACUUAUGUUCCUUGUACGCCUUUCUCUGGUUUGAUUCAUGGAUUGGCUCCCACGCCAUGA